GCAACAAUUUAAGCCAUGGAUAAGUACUACUAAGCAAAAUGUAAACAAAUUUUGUGCCGAAAAAAUUAAAUCAGGAAAAAAUGGAUAAAAUAAGAAAAGCAUUGGAGGAAAAGAAAGAAAUAGCAUUCGAUGUCACUAAUCCCCGCAAAUCCUAUGCUGGUCAUACUGUUUAUCGUCUACAAUUAAAGAUUUAUGGAAGUCACAAAGAGCAUCCAGGAUAUGAGUUUCUAGGGUGGAAAAGAUUCAAUGAUUUCAAGCGCUUGUAUAAAGAAUUAAAGGCUGACUUCCCCAAUGAUUUCAAGCAAUCAUUUCCAGACUUUGCAAAAGGACAUUUUUUCGGACGUUUCGACGAAGCCGUUAUUGAAGAACGAAGACAAUCAUCCCUAAAAUUGCUGCAAUUUAUAAUUUUAUACUCUGAAAUGCUAUUCCACAAAUCCUUCCAGUCAUUCAUAGAGAAUGGGGUCAGCCAAAUUACACCGUACUUAAAUCAAGCUGCCAGCAUAGCAACGUCAUCAGCAGAUUUACCCGUAGAAGCAACAGAAAUUGUAAAUGUUGAUAACAAUGCAGUGGUCCAUGGCAAUGAAAAUCACUCGCUUGCAUCAGUUAGUCCGACUAGCGAAGAAGACACUAUUAGCGAUCCCUUGAACAAUUGUUUUCUAGAGAGCUACGACGAAACUAACAGUGAAGGGGAAGAAGACAACGUUUUUGUCUCCAUACAAAGCGACGACGGACGUCAGUCCUGGCUCCAAGAAGCUCGUUCAAUAUGCGGUGACGAUAUUGAAAGUUUAGCCUCGGAAGCAGCCGACGAGUUUCCUGUUACGCCUAGAGAAAGUAUCAGCGACGAGGCAAGUGUAUUGCUUAGUGAACCGUUAAAUGAUAAUUAUUCCUCCCCAAACCUUGAAGAUAUUCCAGAAUGUGAGAACGGUUUGUCUUGCUCACCUGCGACAGCGCAAGCUUUUGAUGACAACCAAAACAAUACUGACAUUGUGAGUCCCAAUCUUUCUGCUCAGGAUUUGCAUAAAAAGUUUCAAGUCGACGCGAAAAUGUCCAAGAUCAUUGAAAAAACUGUCGAAGAGGACGAUUACGUGUUCCAGGCGAGCGUUGCGAUGAGUAAUGCUAUCGAACAAGAAGAGUUAGGAAACAUCGAGUCGGCAUUUGACAUGUACAAAUUUGGCAUCGGCCUGCUCCUCCGCGGUGUGCAAAGUGAUGAAAACGUUGAAAGACGGGAUGCUGUUCGAAGGAAAACAGCGCAAUAUUUGCUACGCGCGAAAGAACUAUACAAUUCUAACCUAAAAGCGAACGAAGACAAGCAAAUAAUUGACGGCGUGAAUCCCUUUUGCGAGGAUAACAAGUGGAGGUUUCGUUUAAGCGAUGUAAAAGUGUUUGGUGUCGUCGACAAAGUCAUGUUAGUUCAGAAAGUCUUCUCCGAUGAAGUGUACGUGAUGAAAGUGUUGCACAAGCAAGGUGGAGAGUACAAACGUUUUACGCCUCCUAAGAAGUCGAAUAACAAACAGCCGAGAAAUCUCUACAACUGCAAGUUUAUGGUUAACCUCUUGAACUGUGUUGAAAAACCAACGGGGGUAUAUUUACUUUUGGAAUAUAUAUCCGGUGGAAAGUUAUGGGAUUACUUAGGUAUGUCGUUGUUUAACACUUAUAACCAAAGAUAUUCGUCGUGUAUCGAAUCACACCAUUCUUGGAACGCUACGGACUGCGAUAACUCUCUCAUUGAGAAUUCAUCCAAUCACGAGUAUACAGACAUUGUUGAUAUUCCAUGUAAUAACUACACAAAGCAAGGCACGUCGGAGCUAUGUCAGCAAAAUUCGUCGACAACAUUGACAUGUAAAAUUAAAAAGUCGACAUCACGUGAACCUCUCUUGACGGAAGACGACAUGCGCCUCUGGAUUGCCCAGAUAGCACAUGGAAUAAUGGAGCUGCAUUCAAAAGGCGUGAUGUGUAGAGAUUUAAAUCCUCGAAACAUAUUGAUCGACUCCCAAGGGAAUAUCAAGCUUACUUAUUUUUCAAAUGUAGAAGGAAUCGAUUACACGUUGGAUCCGGAUGCUGUUAGUAACAUGUACACUUCUCCUGAAGUGAACGGUGUAUUUGAACCAGAUAAUUCGACUGACUGGUGGAGUUAUGGCGCGAUAAUAUUUGAAUUAUUAACUGGAGAAUCGUUGUGCUUGUGUCAUCCGGAUGGUAUAAACAAUCGAUCAAUCAUCACUUUGCCACGAAGAGUGAGUAACGAAGCCUGUUCCUUACUUGCUGGUUUGUUAAAAUACGAUCCGAAAGAAAGAUUAGGUUCUGGACCAAGCGGUAGUGAGGAGAUCAAGUCACAUCCGUUCUUCUCUGGUAUCAAUUGGAAUAAACUAAAAUCUUGAUAUUUAUGAGGCGUCUGAUUUGUUAUAUUUUUUAAUAUUUUAGUGUUUUUUAUUAUAAAUUGUAAAUAUAUUAAUCUUUAAAAAGAUCUCGUUAUAAAUUCUGUUUUUGUUUCAUCGCCAUUUUCUUCUUGGUGUGGUCUUGUAGUUUGUAGGUUUUCAGCAUUCUCGUACCGAAACCUCUUUAAGAUUAAAACAUGGAAAAUACUAUUUUAGAGGUUUAUCUGAGGAGCUCUGGGGUCGAAAAUGGGUUUAGAUCAGCCAUGGCUGUGCGAGAGAGUUAAAUUUCACACAGUUAUCUCGCCUGACAACUGUUGUUUCUGGAAGCGACAGCGAAAUGUUUUGGCUUGUGUGUUUUAUUUCAUAAUCGUAUUUUUUUUUCGCCAUUUAAAAGAUCAUUGUACUGGGAGAAAUGUUUUUUGCUAUUAUUCUAAUGAACUUAAAAUAACAUUGUACAAUGUUUUUUUAACAUUUUAUAUUAUUGAAUAUUAUUACUAUGUAUAUAUAUUAUUUACUGCAGAGCGCGCGUUUUACCCAAAAUCCUAAUGGUGGAAAUGCUUUACCAACUUUGAAAGAAUUUUAUAUUUUAUGCAAGAAAUAUAAAUUUUAAAGGAUUCAUUUUGUAUAGGAGAUAAAAAGUUGAUA